AUGGCUUUCUGUGAUGGAGUGUGUAAGGUUGCUAACUAUGUCAAGAUGAUUACCAACUUACACUAUGAUACAAAUAUCAAGAAGAUCGUCAUCCACGUGGACAGCGAGUGUGUAAUCUACCGUUUGCGACGAGUCAAAGCCCUACGUAAGAUGAAGACUAUCACAAGCCUCGAGACAAAGAGGUUGGAGGACGUUAUCACCAAGAUCAAUGAAUUGGGAUCCAUGGGUAUAACAGUAGAAGUCAGACACAUCAACGGUGACAAGAACCCGGCUGAUGGCCCUAGCAGACCCCACGGAAAUGACGCCCCCUCCCCAAUGACCAGAACUGAAGUCCAGCAUGCUGUUGCUACUGCUUCUAUUGCUACCCUGGACGUUGUCUUCGACCCCCGUCUGACUGAUGAGAAAGACGAUCUGCAAGCUGUGGAUGGAAAUCCACCUAUAUGCAAAGUGAACGUGAUCGACAUUGAGCAUUUCUUUGAAGACGAAGAGAUCAAGCAUUUACAAGAUGCUGAUGGGAGGUUGUCGACUAUUAAGGCUACUCUGAGAAAUGUGCCCCUAAAUGAGAGGCCAAAUGGUAUGAGAAUGUAUUGCCUCGAUGAGAACAACGUCCUGUACUUCACCGAGGCCCGAAAGUACAAGAAUGUCUACUUACACUACAUGAAGGAGAAGGCCAUGUUGGAGCUGCCAAGCUACUUGCUAUCUAUCAACAAUGGUAUUCCACCCCCAAGGUGCGACAAGUACUACGACGCCUGCUACAGUCCUGUCCCGUAUGUCAACGUACAAGGGAAAGAGCCUGUACUCGUCGAGCAGGAGGAGUUGUUCGACCUCCUGGACUACACUUUGGUGUUGGCAGUUGCUAUGUACUAG